AGGGGCACACCGGCGGCUCCCGGCUGUUCCGGGCUGUUCUCCUGAGGUGUCGCGUCCAGCCCGGGGCUGACGGCUUUGCCGUCCGCGAAAAGCUCUGCUUGGUCGUGGUGUAAAGAGGAGUUUCAGUUAAAAUGAUUAAAAAUAAAUCCCUCCCGCUGCUCUUCCGUCGUUCUUCGGCUUUGGUAGCACACCCAGCUUGCAAAGGUGUGUCAGGAGCAGCAGGUGAAAUCCUCGUCAGGCGGGAGCUACUUCCAUGUGGGCUUCCUGCUGCGGGUUGCUGAAUGAAGUCAUGGGUACGGGAGCAGUGCGUGGCCAGCAGGCUGGCUUUGGGGGAGGUGCUGGCCCCUUCAGGUUUACACCCAGCACAGGCUUCUCAGCAUACCCAGCUCCUGCUGCAGCCGGCACCAACAUCGUCUGCAAAGCCUGUGGACUUUCCUUUUCGGUUUUCAGGAAAAAACACGUGUGUUGUGACUGCAAAAAGGAUUUUUGCUCAGUUUGUUCAGUCUUACAAGAGAAUCUCAGAAGAUGUUCCACUUGUCACUUGCUGCAAGAAACGGCCUUCCAGCGCCCUCAGCUAAUGAGAUUGAAAGUGAAGGAUCUGCGUCAGUACCUGAUCCUCAGAAACAUCCCCACGGACACCUGCAGGGAGAAGGAAGACCUGGUGGACCUGGUGCUGUGCCACCAUGGCUUGGGCUCGGAGGACAUGGAUGCUGGCAGCUUGCGUUCCUCACGCUCACAGACUUCGGGCUUUUUUACCCACCCCUUUUCCACCUCUGCAUCCACGUCAAACCCAGGAGAACUUGCCAACAGAAGGGGAAGCACAGGAAGUGGAACACCUUCACGGGGACAAACGGAAACAUCUGUAAAUAAUGAAGAAGAAGAAAGUGCAGAAGAGCAGACCCCAGGGCUGGCCAGGAAGAGAGCGAGGGCGUCCCUGUCUGAUAUCUCCAGUCUGGAAGACAUUGAAGGGUUGAGUGUUCGGCAGCUGAAGGAAAUCCUCGCCUGCAAUUUUGUCAACUACUCAGGAUGCUGUGAAAAAUGGGAACUUGUGGAAAAAGUGAGCAGACUGUACAAAGAGAACGAGGAGAACCACAAGACACAGGGGGAGAGGAUGCAGCUGAACGAGGACGACGACAACCUGUGCCGGAUCUGCAUGGACGCCGUCAUCGACUGCGUGCUGCUGGAGUGCGGCCACAUGGUCACCUGCACCAAGUGCGGCAAGCGGAUGAGCGAGUGCCCCAUCUGCCGCCAGUACGUCGUGCGGGCCGUGCACGUCUUCAAAUCCUAACCCAGCCCUGCCCCGAGCGCCCCGGGCAGGAUUCCUGUGGGCAGGAUUCCUGCGGGCAGGAGUGCUGGGCGCUGGGGCACGCGGCAGCGCUGUCGUUUCGCUUCAACUUGGCCUUUUCCACACUGAGACGCAGAAGCUGGCGAAAGGUUUUUCAAGCAGCUCCUGCAGCGCAGGGCUGGGCGGGCCCAGGUGCUGCCCCGCUGACCUUACAGCCCCACAGAUUGCUGGAGUCAAACCGUUUACAGCAGUUCUUGCUCUCUUCUGAAGAAUCUCACCUGUCCUUACGCAUUCAGCACUCAGCAAGUGGUCAGUUAACACCUCUGCUUGAGCCUAUUAGCCUGUGGUGUUCUCUAGUGCAUUAGAAGCAAUGAAUAUAUCAGUUGAUUAUUCAGCUUUUCCCUAAGGAUAGAAUGUAUCUGUUCCGACAGCCUGACUGCGGUGCUGGUGUCGGGCACGGCUUAGGAAGCACUGCCAUGAACUGUUCCUGCACAGAAGCCCUUAAGCAAUCUUGCUUUAUGCUGAUUGCUCCCUCUGAAUGUCUGUCAUGACACGUGUGCUGUCUUGGCUGUUCUCUGUCAGUGUACCAAACACUCCAUCACCUUGCAGGGCUCAGGGGCCACGCUGGGCUCUGCCUGGUGGGCUCCAAAAACCAGUGACUAAGUGGUUUUUAGUUUAGGAAUAAACUAUUUUUUUAAGAAGGGGCACUGUAGUAAACCAUGUUAGCGUGGUCCUUAAUCCGCUCAUGCCUGUUGUAACUAUUAAUCUGUGCUGAUUGUACUCCAUGUGCCGACAGCCUGAUGUUACUGUGAAUCCUGAUCAGGGGCACCUCCUUGCUGCUAACGUGGAAUGUACAGCGUUACUCACCUGAACUGGGGAGACAGGAGCAGGGACACUUUCUUCACAAUCUCCUGUUCACAGACUCUGACCCAAACCACCCCGGGGGCUGCUGAGGGCCCUGUAUUGCUGCCAGCUCUUGGGUCAGGCUGAGCUUUGUGCCAUGAGCUGGGCUCCAGGUCCUUGGAGCAGGAACUGUGAGGGUCCCUGUAGGAUGGGAGCACAAGAGGAGCUCGUGCUGGGGGUGAGAACAAGAACCCUGUGACCAAGCACGUCCACGACUGGGAUUGGUGGAGUUCACGAUAAAAAAAGGUGAGGAAGGACCAUGUGUGUCCAGUUAUUCUUUAAGCAGGGUUGAUUACAAAGGGUACAGUUUCUCCUUUGAUUUCCUAUGUGGCAGCAAAGUUCCAGAGCCAAGGCUGUGCUUGGCUGAGAGAAAGCAGCUUCUGCUCACACAAAACACAGCUCUGAGCUCCACUGGGUAUUUUUCAGAAGGGAGCAAACCUCUCAAUGGCUUUAUUUUUUAGAAGUAACUUUUUAAUGGUACUUAAUUCCUGGAGUCUGUCCAGAGGGGAGGCUAAUGAAGACAGACAUGCCCUCGGUGUUAUUUCCAUGCUGCUCAUUAGCCACUCGAGCUUAAUAAAGAUGGGUGAUGGGCUCUCUCA